GUGGCCAGAGCACAACCUGCGAGGAGGUGCGACGGCAGAUGCUGGCGCUGGAGAGCGAGCUGGACCAGCGGCGGCGCGAGUGCGAGGAGCUGGGCGCGCAGGCGGCGGCGGCGCGGCGACGCGGCGAGGAGGCCGAGACACAGCUGCAGGCGGCGCUGCUCAAAAACGCCUGGCUGGCGGAGGAGAAUGGGCGGCUGCAGGCCAAGACAGACUGGGUGAGGAAGGUGGAGGCUGAGAAUAGCGAAGUGCGCGGCCAGGUGGGCCGCGCGUGUCAAGAGCGCGAUGCCGCCGGCUUGAUGGCUGAACAGCUGCUGCAGCAGGCGGCGCGCGGGCAGGACAGGCAGCAGCAGCUGCAAUGCGACCCGCAGAAGGCCCUGUGUGACCUUCAUGCUUCCCAGAAGGAGAUACAGGCGCUCCAGUGUCAGCCUGUUCACCCUCCCGAACAGCCCUGGGAGACCAGUCAAAUGCCGGAGUCCCAAGUUAAGGGUAGCAGAAGGCCCAAGUUCCAGGCACUGCCUGAAGACUACACAGUGUCACAGCCCAACAGAGACAUACAUGAGAAAAGGGAAGUCUCCCUCGAGGAGAGCCCAGUUGCCCUUGGGGAGCCAGCCAGUGUCCCCCAAGUUUCAGAGACAGUCCCUGCCAGCCAACCUGUGUCCAAGAAAACCAGCUCCCAGUCAAACUCCUCCUCUGAGGGGUCGAUGUGGGCCACCGUGCCAUCCUGCCCUACUCUGGAUAGGGACACAGCCAGUGAGGUGGAUGACCUGGAGCCUGACAGCGUGUCCCUGGCCCUGGAAGUGGGGGGCUCAGUGGCUCCUGCUGCCCCCAAGCUCAAGAUCUUUAUGGCUCAGUAUAACUAUGACCCAUUCGAGGGGCCCAAUGAUCACCCCGAGGGUGAGCUGCCCCUCACAGCUGGGGACUACAUAUAUAUCUUUGGGGACAUGGAUGAAGAUGGAUUUUAUGAGGGGGAGCUUGAGGAUGGCCGGCGGGGGCUGGUGCCCUCCAACUUGGUGGAGCAGAUUCCAGACAGCUACAUCUCAGGCUGCCUGCCUGCAAAAUCCCCUGACCUACGCCCCCAUCAACUCCCAGCUGGGCAAGAUGAAGCUCUGGAGGAAGACAGCUUAUUACCUGGGGAAGCCCAGGGAGUGGUGAACAGAGGGCUAUACCAGAUGGUAAGGGUGGGCUCCAAGACAGAAGUAGCAACAGAGAUCCUGGAUACCAAGAUGGAAGCCUGCCAGCUGGGCUUGCUGCAGAGCAUGGGGAAGCAGGGCCUUUCCAGAUCCCUUCUGGGGACCAAAGGGGUGCUCCGUAUGGCUCCCAUGCAGCUACACCUGCAGAAUGUCACAGCCACAUCAGCCAAGAUCACCUGGGUUUACAGCAGCCACCGCCACCCCCACGUGGUGUAUCUUGAUGACCGAGAGCAUGCCCUGACCCCAGCGGGUGUGAGCUGCUACACCUUCCAGGGCCUGUGCCCUGGCAUGCACUACCAGGCGCGGGUGGAGGUGCGGCUGCCAUGGGACUUGCUGCAGGUGUAUUGGGGAACUAUGUCCUCCACCAUCACCUUUGACACACUCUUGGCAGGACCUCCCCACCCGCCACUGGAUGUGCUGGUGGAGCGCCAUGCCUCGCCAGGCGUCCUAGUGGUCAGCUGGCUCCCUGUGACCAUUGACUCAGCUGGGUCCUCCAAUGGAGUCCAGGUCACCGGUUAUGCUGUGUAUGCAGAUGGGCUUAAGGUUUGUGAGGUCACCGAUGCCACUGCUGGGAGCACUCUAUUGGAAUUCUCCCAGCUACAGGUGCCCCUAACGUGGCAGAAGGUCUCAGUGAGAACCAUGUCACUCUGUGGUGAGUCCCUGGAUUCGGUGCCAGCUCAGAUCCCCGAGGACUGCUUCAUGUGUCACCAAUGGCCAGAGACUCCACCCUUCAGCUACACUUGUGGCGACCCAUCCACCUACAGAGUCACCUUCCCCGUCUGCCCCCAGAAGCUGGCACUGGCUCCUCUGAAUGCCAAGGCCAGCCCCCACAACCCUGGAAGCUGUGGGGAGCCCCAGGACAAGUUCCUAGAAGCAUUCUUUGAAGAACCACCAAGGAGGCAAUCCCCAGUGUCCAACCUGGGCUCAGAAGGAGAAUAUCUGAGUUCAGGGACUGGCAGCCAAGCCGAGGAGCUUGCAGAGGCCUGGGAGGGCUGUAGAAAGGACCUGCUCUUUCAGAAGAGUCCCCAGCAUCACAGACCACCUUUGCUCAGUGACCAGCCUGGGGAGAAGGAAAAUUGCUACCAGCACAUGGGCACCAGCAAAAGCCCUGCUCCAGGAUUCAUCCAACUACACACCAAGUGUGGGUCUAGGAAAGAACUGUGUCAGGAAAAGGCUGCCCUUGAGAGGAUACUUCGGCAAAAGCAAGAUGCCCAAGGGUUCACACCUCCCCAGCUGGGCGCCAGCCAACAGUAUGCAUCUGACUUCCAUAACAUUUUGGAGGAGGAGCAGGAGGCACUGUGCUUGGAUCCGUGGGGCACAGAGAGGCAAGAGGAGAGGAGGGAGCCCAAGCCCCAGAGCAGGCAAGGACAGGCUCUGGGGGCCAAGAGAGAGUGCCAGCUCCACGAGCCCAGCUCAGCACCGUGUCCAGCUCCAUCUGCCAAAGUCAUCGAGAUGCCCAGGGGUGGCCCCCAACAGCUGGGGACAGGGGCCAACACUCCAGCCAGGGUCUUUGUGGCCCUCUCUGAUUACAGCCCCCUGGUAAUGUCUGCCAACCCCAAGGCUGCAGAGGAGGAGCUGGUCUUCCAGAAAAGGCAGUUGCUAAGAGUGUGGGGCUCUCAGGACACCCACGGCUUCUAUCUCAGCGAGCGCAACAGGCAAGUGGGCAAUAUACCUGGGCACUUAGUGGCUGAGAUGGAGGUGGGCACAGAGCAGACUGACAGGACGUGGUGUUUGCCGGCCCAAGGGCACCUGCCUUCUGUGGCCCACCUUGAGGACUUUCAGGGGCUCACCAUCCCCCAGGGUUCCUCCUUGGUGCUCCAAGGGAACUCCAAGAGGCCCCCACUGUGGACUCCAAAGACCAUGAUAGCAGCUCUGGACUAUGAUCCCAUGGAUGGGCAAACAGGGGGCCAGGCGAAGGGCAGCAUGUGCUCCAAGUGCCACCAUGUUAAACUGAUGGUAGUCCUUAAACUGAUGGUAGUCCUUAAGUGUUCCUUAGGCUCUGAAAGUAGCAGGACUUAAGCCUGAGUUAUUUGCAAAAGCAAGCAAAACAAGCCAACCCCUGAGAGUUUGAGAGACCAUUUCAAAAGUUGCUGAUAACUAUGGUAGGUAUAUGGAGAAGUGCCUUUUUUCUGUGGCCAAUGUGUGUUUUCUCUAGGAGGUUAAGGUUGUCUAUCCAUUGCCUUGUAUGUAUGAAAGUCUCAAGAAAAGUCUAUAUCUUAAAAAA